AAGCGAGCGGGUGGAGAGAGAGAGCCGGAAGCCGUCGGCGGAGGAGAGAUGGGGAAGAAGCAGAAGAAGCCGGGGAAGGGGAAGGAGAAGACGGAGCGGAAGACGGCCAAGGGCGAGGAGAAGCGCGCCCGCCGCGAGGCCCGGAAGGUCGGCGAGGAGGACGACAUCGACGCCAUCCUCAGGAGCAUUCAAAAGGAGGAGGCUAAGAAGAAGGAGGUACAUGUGGAGGAGAAUGUCCCUGCACCAUCUCCCCGGUCUAAUUGCUCGCUUACAAUAAAUCCAUUGAAAGAUACAGAAUUGAUUAUGUAUGGAGGAGAGUUCUAUAAUGGCAGCAAGACCUUUGUUUAUGGUGAUCUUUAUCGCUACGAUGUAGAGAAAAACGAGUGGAAGUUGGUAUCUAGUCCUAACAGUCCUCCUCCACGAAGUGCUCACCAAACAGUCGCCUGGAAGAAUAACAUAUAUAUGUUUGGUGGGGAAUUCACUUCACCAAACCAAGAACGCUUUCAUCAUUACAAGGACUUUUGGUCAUUAGAUCUAAAGACAAAUCAGUGGGAGCAAAUUCUUGCAAAGGGUUGUCCAAGUGCACGUUCAGGACACAGGAUGGUCCUGUAUAAGCACAAGAUUGUGCUAUUUGGUGGUUUUUAUGACACGCUUAGGGAAGUUAGGUACUACAACGACUUGCAUGUUUUUGAUUUAGAUAAUUUCAAGUGGGAGGAGAUCAAGCCUCGCCCUGGGUGCUUGUGGCCAAGUUCAAGAAGUGGUUUUCAGCUUAUUGUAUACCAAGAUCAGAUAUACCUGUACGGUGGAUAUUUUAAAGAAGUAGUUUCUUCUGACAAAACUGCAUCAGAAAAAGGAACAGUUCAUGCGGAUAUGUGGGCUCUUGAUCCUCGUACUUGGGAGUGGAAUAAGGUUAAGAAAACUGGGAUGCCACCUGGCCCCAGAGCUGGGUUUUCAAUGUGUGUUCACAAGAAAAGGGCUGUUCUUUUUGGUGGUGUGGUAGAUAUGGAAAUUGAAGGGGAUGUCCUUAUGAGCAUGUUUAUGAAUGAGCUGUAUGGUUUCCAGUUGGACAACCAUCGCUGGUAUCCUUUAGAGCUCAGGAAAGACAAGCCUGCUAAAAAUAAGACAAAGGAUAUCAAAAGAAAAGAAUCAUCAAAUGAUGCAGAAGCUAAUCUUGGUAAUGAUGAGGAUGAGACUAUGGAGGACUCAGAAACUACUGGUGGACAGUCUGUGCAUGGAGUUUCCAAUCACUUGACCAAGAGUCUAACCUUAAAUAAAGUUGGCUCAGGCAAUAACUCUGACAUUCUCUCUGAUUCAACAACACAAGAAAUACUGCCAGAGGCAGUGAAACCCAGUGGUCGGAUCAAUGCAUGCAUGGCUGUAGGGAAAGAUACACUCUAUUUAUAUGGAGGAAUGAUGGAAUUGAAAGAUAGAGAAAUUACUCUUGAUGAUAUGUAUUCACUUAAUCUUAGCAAACUAGAUGAGUGGAAGUGUAUCAUACCGGCAUCUGAAUCUGAAUGGCUAGAAAUUUCUGAGGAUGAGGAUGAUGAAGAUGAAGGUGAUGAUGAUGAUGAUGAUGACAAUGAUAGUGGGGGUGACGCUGAUCAGACAGAUGAAGAUGAUGAAGAGUCUGAUGAAGAUGCCGAGAAGAAUGUCGAUAUGUCCAACGCUGUAUCUAUAAUAAAGGGAGAACGUAAGAACCUGCGAAGAAAAGAGAAGCGUGCUCGGAUAGAUCAAAUCCGGGUUAUGCUUGGUCUUUCUGAUUCUCAAAGGACUCCAAUGCCAGGAGAGUCACUAAGAGAUUUCUACAAGAGAACAGAUAGGUACUGGCAAAUGGCUGCAUACGAACACACCCAACACACUGGAAAGGAGCUUCGCAAAGAUGGUUUUGAUCUUGCCGAAACUCGAUACAAGGAACUGAAACCCAUACUCGACGAGCUUGCUGUGCUCGAGGCUGAACAGAAGGCUGAGGAAGAGGCUAGUGCUUCGACUAGUUCCAAGAAGGACACAAAGAAAAUCAAGCCGAAGAGUGGCAUGAGAUAAGCUUUGGUUAUAAAUGAAGUGUGCUUUAGGCCCGCUUUUUCAUCUGGGGAUUUUUUUUUCCUUGUGAUCCCUGAUCCAUUCGGAUGGUCAGCUCUACACAGGGUAUAUACAUUGUAUCUGGGCAGAUGGGCUUAUAAUCCAUGGUCAAAAAUUUCCAAUGUAGUUUCAAUCCACUCGUAAACAUUCAAGAAGAGUUUAUACGCAAAUUCUAUUCAUCGUAAUUUUACUACAAGCCCGAGUUCUCUGCUGUGUGCAGCGAUGGUGUUGGUGUUUGCCCGUUGGCAUGCAUUCUUUUGUUCCAUUAUCCUUGUCGCCGUUUC